GAUUGGCGGGAGGGAGAACACUAGACAGAUCAGCCAUGUUGCCUACAAACUAUGUGGGGAGAUUUUCAGGCAAUGUCAAGUUUUGAGCGGCUUUUUCUACUCUUUUAAACCAGGAUCGCUGCAAAUGAGACCGCUGACCAUGCCGUGAUGACUGACCCCAGCGCGAUCUGACCCAUCCUGGUUGCUACGGCAACAUGGCGGAUGCAGACUUUUUGGAUCUAGAUGACCUUGACCUUCUAGAUGACCAUCAGAAUGUGGCAGAAAAUGCAGAAGAGUAUGACUUUGAGAACUUCGGCUUUGAAGACCAAGAAGAAGAUAAUGAACCACCAAAAUCAGCCGAUGGUCCAACAAAGAGUGGUAAAACAGAAGCAGGGUCCCAAGAAAAAGUUGGUAUCAAGCCUUUGCCUUCCCAGAAUUCCCCUGUCCUUCCGCGACUUCCGAAGGAAAAUGGCUUACCGGAGAACGAGGAGCUUGAACUAGAACUUUCCACGGCCAGAAAACAGAAGAUCCGCCGGAAACGAAGAACUCGGGAGUACGGUACGGGGAGACACGACUUGGACUCAGACCAGAGUACGGACGACUACACACCGACGAGUGUGCUCGGCGCCGUACGCAGGUUUGAGACCAAAGCGUCGGAUCCGUACAGUAAGUCUCCACCUCGCGUGCCGCCUCGGAGAAAGCCGAGAAUCGCGGGUAGGGGGAAGGGCAUCGAAGCGAAGUUAGACCGCGUUUUCAGCCAGGAAAACAGGCCGGACGCCAGCGAGGAAAACACGGAAGAAGUCUCCACCGUUUCGCCACGUAAUUCCACCAGUUCUGAUGUCAGCGUGUCUCAAUUUAGAGAGCUAGAAACAAACAACAACAACAACAGCAAUGUAGUCAGGAAGGGAAGGACUAGAGACAAACCAGAAGUGUCUUCUACACAGACCAAACAUCCAUCCAGAACUACAGAGGAUGGAAAACAUUCUGCACUGAAUGGAAACUCUGACAUGCAGUUGGUUGCUAGGCGACACGAGUUGAUUGACAUUGAGGAGGAGCUGUUAAAAGAGCCCUCCAAACUUGAGAUUGAGAAAAUUUUCCCGCCGGAAAAUCUCGAAGUUCCCAGACCGGCGUCCGGGAACCAGUCCAGCGAGGACACACUUUGCAGUGACGACGGGAAAAAUCGCGACACGUCGCCCGAAGGUAACCAGGCGGCGACGCCCACGCCGACACCAAAGGAUUGUGGGAGUGAAGCAAAGCAUGCUGGGAGUGUUCCAAAGCCCAAGCUGCUGUCUGAGCGGAUGUGGGAAGUCUGGCGAGCGGGCUGGGACGGUAACCUGGCCGAUCUGCAAUAUCACCUUGGUGAGAAACCGUUUGCGAUGCGUGAUGAUGGCGGGGACACCAUCCUGCACACGGUGGUGGCGCGGGGUCACAUGGCCUGCCUGCACUGGCUGGCGGGGGGACCGUGUUCCGACCUUGUGUUAGCCGAGAACGAAGACGGAGACACUCCAACAGCCGUGGCAGCUAAGUAUGGGCAGCUGGAGUGUCUACGGUGGCUUGUUUGCGAGACGCCGGCAGCCAGGGAACUAAGACUCAUGGGAGACAGACAACCUCUCCUGCAUCAAGCAGCAAGAUAUGGGCAGGAGCCCUGCUUGAGGUGGCUGUUGGGUCACAUGAGGAGUCAGAAUCUGGGCGUCGACCUCCAGGAUCACCAUGGCAACAGCCCUGCCCACGUAGCAAGCAUGCACGGACAUCUCACAUGUCUACAGAUUUAA